CGUACUCGUAGAAUUGUUUUUUAAUCAUGGGGUAUCCAUUUUAAUAACGGGCUAACGGCUUUUUUCCCAGAAGGAUAAGGUCUUAACUCUUAAGUCUGGAAAGAGAUUACAAGCCGAAGAAGAGGUAGUGUUGUAACUUGUACGUGAUAAUCCACAACUAUGUCAUCAACAACUUCUACGCUCUCGCUCUCAUGGAGCAAUUCUUUCCACAACUUUGCAGGAGCCACUAACGAACCUCUGAAAUCCCCUGAAUAUGGUAGAUUCAUUCUUCCAAUUGUAGCUCAAAAGAAAACCAAGAAAAUCCGCAAGAUAAUAUUGAAGGAUGAUGUUCCUGAUUUGGGGAAAAAGGGCCAGCUUUUGGAUGUAAGAGCUGGUUUUUACAGAAAUUUCUUGUUUCCCAUGGGUAAAGCUCAGAUUGUCACCCCAUUAUUGAUUAAGGAGAUGAAGAUGGAAGAAGAAAGAAUUGAAGCUGAGAAGAAAAGGGUAAAAGAAGAGGCACAACAACUUGCUCGAAUCUUUGAAACUGUUGGAGCUUUCAAAGUUAAACGCAAAGGUGGAAAAGGAAAACAGAUAUUUGGAACUGUCACUGCACAAGAUCUUGUGGACAUUAUUAAGGCGCAACUUCAAAGGGAUGUGGACAAAAAAAUUGUUUUCCUCCCAGAAAUCAGGGAAACGGGGGAGUAUAUUGCCGAAUUGAAGUUGCAUCCAGAGGUCACUGCACAGGUUCGCAUAAAUGUGUUUGCCAACUAACAAAGGUUCUUUCGGAGUAUUUCACCAGACAACCCUGCUUUUGGAUUCCACUCGAAGGAAAGUUACAGGUAUUGUGAUACAUUAUAGAUGCCCAUAUGCACCAACAAGUGUAAUUUUUAUGUGUCUAAAUAGUUUAGUUAGCCAGCCUAAACAUUAAUUCUGUCUUUCCUCAAAUCUGAUAGUGCCAUUUUUUUUUUAUUUUUUUUUAUUUUUUGGCUGUAUGAGUUGAAAAGUCGACCUGAUAUUAUUGGGAUUAAGAAUUUAACACUGUUUUUUGAUGUAUGUAAUCCUUCUCCUGGCUCUUUCAGGAUAAAGAAA